UCAACGAGCCAAUCACAACGCUCCUGACCAGCUGUACUUCCUGGUUUGGUUUGUUGUGUUGUUGUGCAUCGAUCAUGGCUGCAGAGGGAGACUUUCUGGCGAGAUAUCGAGCCGUGUCCAAUAAACUGAAGAAACGUUUCCUGAGGAAGCCCAAUGUAGCGGAGGCGAGCGAGCAGUUUGGUCAGUUAGCCAAGGAGCUGAAGCAGCAGGACUGCCUUCAGUAUGCUGCCUUCUGUAACCUGGCCAUGGCUCGGUGUGAGCAGACUCUUUUUAACGCUCCUGGUGAGGCUCUGGCGUUAACUGAUGCAGCCCGCCUCUUCCUCACAUCUGAGAAGGAGAACAGGGCGCUGCAGGCUCCGGGCUUUGAUGAGCACCUUCAGGCUGCACUCAACUGCUACAGUUUUGCCAUCAAGGUGCACAUUGAGAUGAACCAGCCUGUGAUGGCAGCCAGCCUGUGUCUAGAACUUGGCAACGCGCUCAAGGAGAUGAACAGACCGGGAGAGGCUAUUGUUCAUUACCAGAGGGCUGCAGAGUUGCAAACACAGACACCAAUUGAAGCUCUGCUGUCAAUGGGAGAAAUGGCUACGUGUAAAAUUCUCACCCGUGACUACGACGGUGCUUUGUCAGUGUUCACAGAGAUGCAGCUGAUGUGUCAGGAGAGAGGACUGCAGCUACCAGGCAUCAGCACCCCUGUUGGUGCCUUUUUGGACAUUGUGGCUAAAUGUGAGAUCUCCAGAGUACUACUGCUGAUGUUGCUUGAGCCUCCGCCUCAGAAGUUGUUACCAGAACAUGCCCAGACCCUGGAGAGAUACGCAUGGGAGUCUUUUGACCCUCACAGCCAAGUAACCUUCCUGCCUGAGAAUGUUUUCCUGCUCCUGCAGUCUGUAGUGAUGGCUUGUCAGGAGAAAGACACAGAGUCCCUCAAGUCUCUUCAGACUGAGCUAUGGCCAUUUCUGACUGCGGAGCAGAAUCAUCUUCUCCACCUGGUGGUUCAGGAGCGCAUCACGCCGUCUGGCCAAGGCAUUUAGUCAGUCCAGGUUUUACUCACUUCCUCUGGGAACGAUACUUUAUAUAAUGGAACAUUCCUGUUUCUGACUGGGUCUGUUGUAAGGCCUGAAGAAGUGUUGCUUUCAAAACCUCAAUGUUGUAACUUGCACUCAGAGAGAAAUGCUUGCAAUACAAAACUUUGCCCUUAUUGAGCAAAGUCAAACAGAUUUUAAAAUCAGUGAAAGUCCAAUAGCAUUUUCUAGUAGUGUGCUGUCCUUUUUUGUAGGGUUUCUUAUUUAAAUUUGAAUUAAUUUGAAUGAAAUCUUGUGUGCUCGCUACAGAACUGGACCAAUUAAUAUAUAUUUAUUAUGCAACAGUGACUUUUGUUGCAUUUACAGAUAGUUUAAUAGAUGAAACAUGAAUGGCUUUGUGGUAUAAUUUGUUUUAUUAAUAAAUGAUAUGGCUUAAAUUCCAAUGUAAUUACAAACAAAACCUUCUAUUGCAUAGUUUUGAAUUAUGGUGAAAUGAAACACCAUUGACCUCCAUCCCUGGUUCACCUUGCAUGUACUUUUCUUAUGAUAGCAGCCAACUACAGACACAAAAUCAAACAUAGUUAAAAAAACAAACACUCAAUACAAAAUGUUACAAAAAUAUAAUGGUUACAAUGUACAUAGAUUAAAAAAAAAAAGGAUACACUAUACUUCAGUUGUAAAAUGAGGAUACAUGAUUAAAACUACUUGUACUGUA